AUGGACGCUGCUCGAUUACGACAGAGAUCUGCCAGCCAUUCUUCGCUGCGCAGCCAGUAUCGAUAUCAAACCAGAAUGAUCAACUACCCCAAUCCUCGUCCGCCAGCUCAAAGGCACCCGUUACGCAGAGUCAACCAGAAUUCCGCCCUCUUACGCUCACCCGGUCCCUUAGAGAGCAUGCUGAAGACUACCACCGAGACAGGUGACAUCGGCAUCUUUUCUAUCAGGCCAAACUCUUCUUCAGCGCCCUUUGAUCGACCAAACAGAUCCAUGUCGCAUCCCAGAGAUGUGGAUUUAUUGCUUCCAGCACGCUCUUCGGGGUAUGAUGAAAACUACUACUACCAUCCAGAUGACCAUAAAAGACUGCGGCCGUAUCGCGAUACGGCUUCUGAAAUCAUUUCUCUCUAUGGCUCUGAAAGUCAGCACACUCAACUGUCCUCACCAGCGAGUCUUGAAGAUGACCCCAGGUCGUAUUCAAUGACUACAACCAGUUCAAAACGGAUCCCUUCCCAGAAAUCUACAGGUACAUUACAAAGCCAAUCCAGCGGAAGUGGCUUCCAACGUCCAAGAUCCCCUUUUCCUUACCCGACCCGAUUGAAGCGCCCCGGAGUUCGCCCCGCUUCUCCAGCUCUCAGAGAUAAUGGGGAUGUUGACUAUAGUAGGAUGGUUGAGUUAGAGCGCUUUUCUCAAAGAACUGUUCAUGGGUCAUACAAAUCUACUUAUAUCCAAGGCUCUCGACGGCCACCUCCGCUUUCAAUUCGUGCAGAAGUCAAUAGAUCAACAACUUCUCUGCCGUCAAGGCCACUGCACUCGCCUCAUUUUUAUGUACCGGGAUCUUGCCAGGCCAGACCGCACAAUCCUGCCAUGGUGUGGGCACCCAUGCAGCCAAAUAGAAAUCAACCAUGUCCCACGGAUCAAAGCAUUCGGUCGGCUAGUCUUACGUCCAUCGUUGAGAUGUAUGAUAAACCAGUAACUUCAAAUUCAAAUUGUGCGCCUCUCCGAUCGACCGGCUCUAUUUAUUAUGACUACAGUGAACAAUUCGAAGACCGGCCAUCUUGGGACAUUGACGUAGAUGUGCCGCUUCACCCUAUGCCACAGAGAACUGAAAAUAUUCGUCAAUCCCUGCUACUAAUGGACGAUAUCCAAGGGCAAUUUGAUAUUGGUGAAAAUGAUUCAGACUCGUCAAAAUCCAAUAUGCAAGAAGCUGAGAAAGAUUUGAUUGAGCCUUCACACUUAUCAAUCACUAGGAAACGCCAUUCUGAAGGAACAGAAACAAAGCAGCUGACCCUCCAAGAUGAAAAUGGCGCCACGGAUAUCACAACUUCCGAUUUAUUGAAUUCUAUUGAAAUUGCUUUAAAUGCCUUUUCUGAAAAAGAGCAAAGCCAGCCACUAGCUGUCUCGAAUGAAGCGUCACCAAACACAGAACUAGAUACCGCUGAGAUGGGUUCAGUGAUGAGCAAUCCAGCUUCUACAGGAUCAAUAUCGCCUCUGACAACGUCUUCUGAUAUCUUGAAAGCCAACUUUGAUAUAGUGGAAGACCUUCGAAGCCGGCCACCGUCUCAAACCGGCGGUAUCUCAAAGUUAAGAUAUUCACUAGAUCCCGCAUUGUCCGACUUUGCCUCUGUUUUAUCAUCUUUUGACCGCAUAGGAAGAGUGUCAAUUUCGAAAGACAGCGAAGUCCAAUCUAUCGACAUGGAAAACAAUGAAUCAUCUGUAUUCCAGCCAAACGAGGCGGAGGCACCUGUUUUGAAGAGACUGAGCGAGUGCUCGCUCUUACCGUCCACAGACAAGUCUGGUACAGAGGAGAAGGCGUAUCCGAAAUGUCACCGACGACAUAUCGCAACACUGAUGAUUAGUACGACUGGUGCCAUCUCAGAUGACAUUUCCAAAAAUAGCUCCAGGCGAGAGGACGGGUUACCAAUUCUCUCACCAGAGCCCAUUUCCCCUGCACGCGAGCUUAGGGUCAAGGAGAGUAUUCCUCAGCUAAUGAAAUCUUUGCCUCCGCUACCGAGAGAAGCUGGGAAACUCUCAGGCUAUGGCACUGUAGGCUUAUUAUCAUUACCUAGUUGCUCUGGGUACGAACCUUUGAUGCCAAGCAAAGACGAGCCUUCGGGAAUGAACCAGAGAUCUUUGUCAGCCGUUCUAUCACCGACCUCGCAAAACAUCCAAUCAAAAUUCAGCACAAGGGCUGUGGCAUCACCUUCUUCACCCCGAAUCAUUCCUGAUGCAACAUGCUCCGUUGCAGCCAGCAGGCCAGUGUAUAACGCCUUGCAAGAUUAUGGACAUACCCCAGCGGGUCGGCCAGCACUCAAGCUCAAAGCGUCACACAGCCAACUCGACCCGGUUCGGCCCAGUCAGAGCGGGCUUUCUCCGUAUAACAAUCGAUUGAAACAGUGCAACUCACUCGCAGAGUUGGCGGCCUGUCCUAAAAAAGACGUAGUGGAUGAAAAAGUUGACACGGCUAUGGGUGGCAAAGCGCAGGUAUCGAACUGCGAACCCAACAGUGACAAUUUGGUGAUAGCAGACGAGACGUCUAUCCGCUUUCGGCCGUCUUCUCAGCCGUCAGAUCAGUUCAAUAUCCCUUAUCCACCAUCGCCCAUCAAAACUGCAGUUCACUCAAACCCUAUUACACCAAUACCUGGGACAGCCUUGACCGAAGCGCAUAGCUAUGAUAUCAGCCCGAGUGGACCACGUGGACUACGAGGCAAAUUUCCGCUGCUUCGGAUGCAGUUUGCUAGCUCACAACGAUCAGCUAUCGCAUCAAAAGACAACGGAUCUAUGCCUUCUUUGGGUAUGAAUAGACUCUCGACGCUCCCCACCGCAGCCGGUAAGGGCACAAAUAUCACAUAUGGGGAAGGGGCUAGUAAUAAAUAUCUGCCACCUCUUCCUGAGAUGAAUAAAGCAGAAUGGCGUAUAAAGAGGUGGGCGCGAGAUGCUAAAAAGGCUGUUCGGCUAUAUGUGAAGAAAGCACUGGAUCGAUCUCUCAAAGCGAACACAUGA